AGGGGGCGGCCUUGGUGGGGAGGCAGCUCCCCGCCUGACUCACUCCCUUUCUCCUUUCGCCAUCGACCCGAAGACAUCGCCCGGAGGCGCCGCCAUCAUGUCGAAGUCUGAGUCCCCCAAGGAGCCCGAGCAGCUGCGGAAGCUGUUUAUCGGAGGGCUGAGCUUCGAGACGACGGACGAGAGCCUGAGGAGCCAUUUCGAACAAUGGGGCACGCUCACCGACUGCAGUGUAAUGCGAGACCCCCAACACAAAGCGUAUCCCCGAGGUUUCGGGUUCGUGACCUACGCCACGGUCGAGGAGGUGGACGCAGCCAUGAACGCGAGGCCUCAUAAGGUUGACGGCAGAGUGGUGGAGCCCAAGAGGGCCGUUUCUCAGAGAGGUAAGACCCCCAACCCGUCCCCAGUCACCCACAUUUCCUUCUGGAAGAUCUUCGUGGGGGGCAUCAAGGAGGAAACGGAGGAGCACCACCUGCGUGACUAUUUUGAGCAGUACGGCAAGAUCGAGGUGAUCGAGAUCAUGACGGACCGUGGCAGCGGGAAGAAGAGGGGCUUCGCUUUUGUCACCUUUGAUGAUCACGAUUCUGUGGACAAGAUUGUCAUCCAGAAAUACCACACCGUCAACGGGCACAACUGUGAAGUGCGGAAAGCCCUGUCCAAGCAAGAGAUGGCCAGUGCGUCGUCCAGCCAGAGGGGUCGCAGCGGUUCGGGGAACUUUGGAGGCGGCCGCGGUGGCGGCUUUGGGGGAAAUGACAACUUCGCCGCGGCGGGAACUCAGCGGACGAGGUGAGUGUCCGGGAGGGGCGGUUUCGGGGGCAGCCGAGGCGGCGGCGGAUACGGUGGCAGCGGGGACGGCUACAAUGGCUUCGGCAAUGACGGUGGCUAUGGAGGCGGCGGCCCUGGCUACUCUGGAGGAAGCAGAGGCUAUGGAAGUGGCUGGACAGGGUUAUGGCAACCAGGGCAGUGCUAUGGCGGGAGUGCAGCUAUGACAGCUAUAACAACGGGCGGCGGAGGUGGCGGCGGCGGCGGCUUUGGCGGUGGGAGUGGAAGCAAUUUCGGGGGCGGCGGCAGCUACAACGACUUCGGCAGCUACAAUAACCAAUCCUCCAACUUUGGGCCCAUGAAGGGCGGGAACUUUGGGGGCCGGAGCUCCGGCCCUUAUGGCGGCGGGGGUGGCCAGUACUUUGCUAAGCCCCGGAACCAAGGCGGCUACGGCGGCUCCAGCAGCAGCAGCAGCUACGGCAGUGGCCGGAGGUUUUAA